CGAUCUUGCAACAACACACACCCGGUCGACAAGAAGCAAGUACAUACCGAUUAACCUCGGCUGUCACCGGUCUCCGCCCACUCGACCGUCCGAAGCAAUCACGCCGUCUAUCUUACGAAUCAAAGCCCAUACCAACGGACAAUGUUAUUUCCAGGCACAACCGCUGCACUUUUUUUGUCGACAUUGGCUGGUGUUGUUCACGGAACCCCACAUUUUUUUGUGAACAGUGGGAAACCUCGGUGCUUUGCUGUUGAAGUCCCGAGAGAGACGACGAUACAGCUUCACUAUGAAGCUCCAGGUACGUCGCGCAACGCAGCAUGACGUUCUUCUAAAGAGAUUAGAUGCACUGCAAUGUGGAACGCUGGUCCGUGUGUCUUUGUGUUAGUUGCAGGAUGCUUCGCGGUGGAAUGCCCUGCGAGAAUGAUACGACAGUCAUGACUCGCUUCGCUUCGUCUCGUCUCGAUUGUUUGGGUCCCCUGGUUCCUUGCACCCAAACACUCACCCGUCUCGAAUGGCUUCUUUCACACAAACAAACAGACAUCGACACCGCUACCGGAUCGGUGGACUAUGCUCCGACGUUCAUCACCAUCCUCGAAAAGGCCGUCGAAACCGUCGAGGAACAACGGCUCGAGCACGCAAACGACGCCGAGAGCCUCAAGGCGCGCCGGGCCAUGAUCGCCGAUCGCGUCAGACACAACGUGCGGCCCGUCUCCAAAGAGAUCACCGAAACGGCCGGGAGCUUUACCCACACCAUGMACUCGGACGACGCCGUUGUGGAAGUGUGCGUCCGAGCCUCCAAUGCCGGGAAGGAAAAUCCGAUGAUGUUUCACCUGCGUGUGGAGGAACUGGAAGAAGACGUCSUCGACGCCUUUCAGCAAGAAAAGGCGAAAUUGCUGAACAGCCCACCGCUGGUGAACGUCGAGCACCACUGGUCCUUUAUGGAAACCCAGCUGAACCGAAUAGAUCACGAGAUGAAAACCAUCACAAGGGAGGCGGAUUUCUUUCGGGAGCGGGAUGCCCUGUACCACCAACAGACGGACGACCUCCACAAGGCAACCUUGUUUUGGCCGAUGCUCCACUGCUGCAUUCUUGCCCUGACGGGCUUUACACAGGCGAACCACAUUAUCAGUUUUUUCAAGCACCGACGGAUCAUAUAGAUCAUAUAGGAGGGCAGCACGGAAGUGUGAAACACAGAACAGUUGAGCACAGCACAGCAUGGCACAGCACAGCAUGGCACAGCACAGCAUGGCACAGCACGAACUAGCGCAGUGCUGAGUUGUAAUUCGAGUCACGGCAGUUGAAGCUAGAGUAGCUACAGGAGUACGAAGAAGUUAAUUUUUCAGAGGGACUAGACAAAAUCUAAGACAAAAUCUAAGAAUCGAUGGGACUGUGAUGGUAUAGUUUUUAGAUUUUAU